CAAGCUCGGGGGCGCGCACAGUGCAAGCGAAUGCAGGAGAUGCGCGUGCCCGCCGAACACUCACGCAGCAAGGGGGCGUGCCCAGAAUGUGCGCAUCUACCAGCUCACGGAAUGAUGUAGGGCAAAUUGGGCCCCAGCAGAGAAGCAUCAACAGUGACGUCAACUUGUUCCUGCUGUGCACGAAGCCUGCAUCAGAUUAAGAAGAUAACAGAUGAACAGGAGCACGGUUUGGGGGUAUAUCAGGACUGGACCCCCAAUUUCUCAGGAUAACAGCUGUUUAUCCACUUACAAUACCCCAGAACUUAACAGGGAUACGCCUGCUAUAUUAUUGCUCCAGCAUAUAUUUGCUGCUGCGUUCAUAGCUCAUAUUAAUUCCAUUACUGAUGACGAUGAAGCGACUGCUGCUUGUUUCCAACUCAACACUGCAUGGCGGAGGGUAUCUGGAGCACUGCCAAGACCAGAUACAAAAGUUUUUAGGCAAGUAAAACGAGUCCUUUUCAUUCCUUAUGCUCUUCAUGACAGAGAUGCUUAUGCCAGAAUUGCAAGGCAAAAAUUUGAGAGCUUGGGUUAUGCAUUGGACAGCAUACAUGAAGCUGCCGAUCCUGUAGAUUCAGUACUAAAAUCAGAGGCCAUAUUCAUUGGUGGUGGUAACACGUUCCGUCUUCUAAAAGCUUUGUAUGAUAAUAACUUAAUACCAGUCAUCAGGAAAAAAGUCAUUGAGGAUGGUAUCCCAUAUAUAGGUUCCAGUGCUGGUACUAAUGUGGCUACAAUCAGCAUCAACACCACUAAUGACAUGCCAAUCGUAUACCCACCCUCUGUAGAGGCUCUUCAGUUGGUAAAAUUCAAUAUAAACCCACAUUACCUGGAUACGGAUGUUAAUAGCAAACAUAUGGGGGAGACACGCGAACAGCGGAUAAGGCAGUAUCAUGAAGAACCAGAUACUCCUCCUGUGCUUGCUCUUCGGGAGGGUUGCAUGCUAUUGGUGGAAGGAAAUAAGGCAACACUCCUUGGAAUAACCAAAGCCCGGCUUUUUUUAAGAGGUAAAUCUCCAACAGAACAUGAACCUGAUGAAGACUUCAGUUUCCUCCUGAACCAAUAAUUUUAAUCAAAUUAAUUUGACAAUAAAUUCAUGAUUUUUC